CUCACCUUACCUACCAUCACGCUGCCGCCGUUGCCCCCGCUACGCUGUUCAGCUCGGUGUACCGAAGUGAACCCACGCACGCUCUUGGUGACCUUCCCGACUAUCUGAAGCACUCCCACGCGCGUAAAAGGUAGGGGACUCGAGAGCAGAAGGAGGAAAGAUGACUCGCCGGCUCUCGUCCGCCUCUGCGAGCAGCGCCCUGGCGCCAGGUGGGGGUUUCAAAGACGACGAACCCACCUCGGUCAAGCUCCUGCGUGGGGCCUCACUCCUCUGCUCCUUUCUCGUCGCCCUCAGCGCCGGCUCCAACUAUGGCUUCUCGUCGUACUCGCCCCAGCUCCAGGAGCGCCUCGCGCUGACGAGCACCCAGAUCAACAUCGUGGGCGUCAUGGGCAAUGUCGGUGUCUACCUGAGCGGACCUUUCUGGGGCCGACUUGUUGACAAACGAGGUCCGAAGGUCGCGCUCGCCGUCGGCGCCGUCUUGGUCCUCAUCGGCUAUGGCGGCCUGUCGACGUCGUACGAAAAGACGUUUCCCUCCACGCCAUCCAUCGGACUCUUGGCGGUUCUGAGCCUUCUCACCGGCCUGGGCAACUCGGCCGCCUUUACGGCCGCCAUGAAUGCGCAGGCAAAGAGCUGGAGCCAAGCACGGCGAGGCGUCUGCACUGCCCUCGUCCUCUCUGGAUUUGGUCUCUCUGCGUUUUUCUACUCAUCGCUCUCCCACACCCUCUUCCCCGGCAAGACGGGCGACUAUCUGCUCCUGCUGGCCUUUGGGUCCAGCUUGACUUUUGUGGUUGGCUUCUUUGUCAUUCGGAUCAUCCCAGCUGCCACGGAGAGGGCUGCGAUAGACGGCGCUACCAAUCAAGGCGGACAGUCAGCGACUCUUCGGAGAAGCUCAAGCCUGGGUCAGGAUCGCGCCAAUGAUGAGGACGGGGAAGGGGAAGAUUCGAUCCGUCGUCCGUUGGCGUACACACGAAGGAGAACGUCGUCCGAGGUGGGCGGCCGGGCUUACGCUCAUCUUUCGCAGCCCCACGAGGACGAAGGCUCGUGCACGAGCGAAACAGAAGAGGACGAAGACGACAUUGAGAACGAGGCAGGGUCACUGGGUCGAGAUGGCCGAUUCGAGGAGAGGCAGGGUCUGUUGGGCUCAUCGUCUCGAGACAAUCUGUCGCGGGGCGAUACUAGCAUCAGCAAGCACCAGGAUCAGUCCAGGGCCAAACGCCAUCAUGAGCACAUUGAUCUUACGGGAUGGAAGCUCAUGAAGAAGGUUGACUUUAUCCUUCUCUUCGUCAUCAUGGGCCUCAUUAGCGGCACUGGCCUCCUCGUCAUCAACAACAUCGGGACAAUCACAAAAACGUUGUAUGAAUACAACAAGCCUCACCACAUCGAUCCAGAGUCGAAUUUGGGUGCUCUGCACAAGGCUUUGGACGCCAUCCACAGUAUUCCGGCAAGAGAUGAAAUUGUAGCCCAGGGACAUCAGACGCCGGCCGACGUCCAGCAGCUCCAAGCGCAUCAGGUCAGCGCAAUCAGUCUGGGCAACGCUAUCGGGAGAAUUGCCAUCGGACUGCUAUCGGAUGUCUUUGUCACCUGGACCCGCUCGCCGCGCCAACGGGUUUGGCUCCUCAUCCCUGUCUGCAUCCUCGCGCUUGUAUCACAGGGUCUGGCCGCCUCACCAGGCACGAUUGACACCGUCGACAAGCUCAUCAUUGUCUCGUCCUUGACUGGACUGAUGUACGGCACCCUGUUUGGGCUGUGCCCCGUCCUGACGUUUGAAUGGUUCGGUCUGCGCCACUUUAGCCAGAACUGGGGAAUCGUCUCGCUCAAUCCGGUCAUUGCUGGCAACAUCUUCAACCUUCUCUUCGGAAGCAUCUAUGACUCCCAUGUUCCAAAGGGCGCCCCGGCUCACCUCUGCCCGUACGGCGAAGAGUGCUUCAGGGCGGUAUUUGAAGUCACUGAGGGAGCCGCUGUAGUUGCGCUUGGCCUGAGCCUCGUCAUCAUCCUUCGACGGGCAGGAAGGCCUGAAUGGACAAAGGGUCAGGGCGCUCGAUAGGCAACGGGGGAAGCUUUAUCCAGAUAGAGAAGAUUCCCUGAGCAAUGGCAUAGAACAAUCCUUUGGAGAGAGAAAGUUUUGAAUUUCUCUGUUUCGUC